CCCUCAAGUGGACUAAAUAGUUAGCAAAGCUGACGGCUUGGCGUCUCCCUUCUGACAAAACGAAUGUUGUAAACUCGGCUAACAUGUAUUCUGUCAUCAAAAUAACCUUACCGUAUGUGUGACAGUUGUUGGGUUUUAGUCGUUAGUUGGGGGAAGGUGUUCUUUUGGAAGAGAAGCACGCAAAUGUUUUGUUAGCUAGCAAGCUAACUUGUGGCUCCAAUUCAACCAUGCUAAAUGUAAACAAAUAAACGAAACCACCGCUGAGUGUAAUUUUAUGUCAUACAAGUUGUACAAACAAACUUUGAUACAACUUGAUACGACGUUGAUACAACUUGUGUCACGGCAAGCUUCCACCCCUUCCAGAGAGACCUUUCUGCAUGAACCCCAAAAUGUGCUGCAGAAUACCUCGACGGCGGUGCAUUGAACAUUUACAUCCACAUUGCACAUGUGAUUAAAGGACACUAUUUUGGCUAUUCGGGACAGUUGCAGAGACUCAUUGGCCAUGGCGAGCGCCUUGGCGGCCAAGAUGGGAUUUAAUUCGCUGGUGAGGAAGCAAAACAGGAGCUUCACCGUGAGGAUCUCCACUAUGGAGUCAGACAUGGAGUUCAGCUGCAAGAUGAAAUGGAAGGGAAAGGACCUGUUCGACCUGGUGUGCAGAACACUGGGGCUGAGGGAGACAUGGUUCUUUGGGCUCAGGUACACCGUCAAGGACACGGUCGCUUGGCUGAAGAUGGAGAAGAAGGUUCUCGAUCAGGAUGUACCCAAAGAGGAACCCAUCACCCUUCACUUCCUGGCCAAGUUCUACCCUGAAAAUGUGGAGGAGGAGCUGGUGCAGGACAUCACGCAGCAUCUCUUCUUCCUGCAGGUCAAGAAGAAGAUCCUAGAGGAGGAGAUCCACUGCCCUCCUGAAGCCUCUGUGCUGUUGGCCUCCUAUGCCGUCCAUGCCAAGUAUGGAGACUACAACCCCAACGUUCACAAGCCCGGCUUUUUGGCUCAGGAGGAGCUGCUGCCUAAACGGGUGAUCAACUUGUAUCAGAUGACCGCCGAGAUGUGGGAGGAGAGGAUUGCGGCAUGUCACGCAGGGCACAGGGGUCGCACCAGGGAGGAGGCCGAGAUGGAGUAUCUGAAGAUAGCUCAGGACCUGGACAUGUACGGCGUCAACUACUUCGUAAUCAGGAAUAAAAAGGGAACUGAUCUUCUCCUGGGAGUGGAUGCCCUGGGGCUGCACAUCUACGAGCCGGACAACAGGCUGACCCCCAAGUGCUCCUUCCCCUGGAAUGAGAUCCGCAACAUCUCAUACAGCGACAAAGAGUUCACCAUCAAACCUCUGGACAAGAAAGCCAACGUCUUCAAGUUCAACUCUUCACGGCUGAGAGUCAACAAGCUGAUCCUGCAGCUGUGCAUUGGCAGCCACGACUUGUUUAUACGCCGGCGGCGGGUGGACUCUCUGGAAGUGCAGCAGAUGAAGGCCCAGGCCAAAGAGGAGCGGGCCAAGAAGCAGAUGGAGAGGCAGCGGCUUCAGCAGGAGAAACAGCUCAGGGAGGAGGCCGAACGGGCCCGCGACGAGCUGGAGAGAAGAUUGAUUCAGCUGCAAGAUGAAGCCAGCAUGGCCAAUGAGGCGCUGCUGCGCUCGGAGCAGACGGCGGACCUGCUGGCCGAGAAGGCCCAGAUCGCAGAGGAGGAGGCCAAGCUGCUGGCCCAGAAGGCGGCCGAGGCCGAGACGGAGAUGCAGCGCAUCAAGGUGACAGCCAUGCGGGGCCAGGAGGAGUGGCGCCUCAUGGAGCAGAAGAUGCUGGAGGCGGAGGUGCUGGCACUCAAGAUGGCCGAGGAGUCGGAAAGGAGGGCCAAGGAGGCGGAGCAGCUGAAGCAGAACCUGCUGGAAGCCCAAGAGUCUGAGCACAGGGCCAAACACAAGCUCCUGGAGAUAACAAGCAGAGUGUACACGCACCCGGCGUUGCCGGCGGACUGCAUGCCUCCCGAAUUGAGCUUCAGCAGCGAGAACCUCAGCUUUGACUUUAAAGACACCGACAUGAAACGACUCUCCAUGGAGAUCGAGAAGGAGAAGGUGGAGUACCUGGAGAAGAGCAAACACCUGCAGGAGCAGCUGAACGAACUGAAGACGGAGAUCGAGAGCCUGAAGCUGAAGGAGCGCGAGACGCCGCUGGACGUCAUCCACAACUGCAACGCAGAGCACGGCACCAGCAAGCACAGCAACUUCAAAAAGCUGACACUGCAGAGCACCAAGUCCAGAGUGGCCUUCUUUGAAGAACUCUAAAACAGUGUGUUCACAAAAGCUCUGCCAGCCUUUCUGUCCUGGAACAUUCCUUCACCGAUACAUCUCCAAGCACCACUACCACUGCUUGAUGCACACAUCAUUUGGGAUUCAUUUUAGAAGAAGCCAAGCUUAUUUACUUCUUUCAAAAUGCAAAAAGAAGAAAUGGGAGUGAGACAAAUAAGAAAAAAAUGAAGUAAGCAUUAUAUUGCUAACAAGCGUUAAAGUGAAAUAGGCUGUUCAUCAGCUGGUCAAAAGUUUAAGAGCACAGCUAAAAAAAAAAGAAACAGAAACCCCCGAAAAUAGAAAUAAAAUGUUCAAAAGAGGACUCAGUAAUGAGUAGCAGUGCCAUUCUUGUUAAUUGGAUGAAAAAUGAGUUUGGGCAUGCUUGAUGCCAGUGUUUCCAGAGGGCUCGUGGGAAUGUUGCUCCAGGUGGUGAAGAUGGCUUCACGGAGGGCAUCAGCUGUCUGGUGGGUGAUGUCCAUUUUUGUUAACUUCCCUUGCCAUCCAUCCCCAAAUCUUCUCAGUUGGAUUUCGAUCGGGGGAACACGCAGGAUGGUCUAAAAGAGUGACUUAAUUGCUAAUCCUUUGUCAGAUGGGCAUUGUGAACUGCAGCGUUGUCCUGUUGAGAACGCCAGUCAUAACCACACAGACGAGGGCCUUUAGUCAUGAGGGAUGGCCCUUCUAACAUCUCCACAUAGUCAGCUGCCGUUUGACGCCCCUGCACAACCUGAAGCGCCGUUGUUCCAUUGAAGGAUCAUAAUGGCGUCCCCUCCAGUGUGCCGUGUGGAAAACAUCUCAGGUUGGAUCUCCUUGUCAUGCCAGUAACAUUGGAAGCAAUCAGGACCAUCAAGGGAGAAUAAAACUGUCUUCCACCUUUCAAUGUCCCAUGUUUGGUGCUCUCCUGCAAAUUCCAAACAGGCAAUUUUGUGGCAUUGAAGGAGACGAGGACCUUAAAGAGUUUUUUUCUGAUUAAAAGCCUUCACUGAUAGAUGGUGUCUGAUGGUUAUUGGACUGCAAUCGGUACCAGUAACAACUUUCAUUUGGGCCGAGGAUGGUCCUGUGUCUUGACGGACAGCCAAUAGGAUCCGCCGGCUCAGGGGCAGUGAAAUUUUUUUGGGUGUACAACUUGACUUUUUUGUUCCAUAAUCCUCACGAUCUUUGAAGAAUCUUUGAAGAAGAGAAGGCCUUCCUCAUGCAGUUCAACAAUCCCAUUGUGUUUAAAGAGAGAAAGCUUUUUUGCCUUUGCCAUCAAGACAUCAUGACAGUGUGAAUACCAUCCAUCCAAUCAUUUUCAAUGCCGCUUAUCCUAACUAGGGUCGCGGGGGUAUGCUGGACCCUAUGCCAGCUGACUUUGGUCGUGAGGCGGGAUACGCCGUGGACUGGUUGCCAGCCAAUCACAGGACAGUGAGAAUACCUGACACUAAAUCUCAUUCAGCCUACAUGUUGCCAAUAUUUUUUGGCUUUUAAACUUUUAAUAGCUGAUGAACAGCUUGCAAAUUCUUGCAAUUUUUCCACUGGUCUGAAAACUGUGAUCAGGAGUGGAUGAUAAACAAAUACAUAUCCAUAAAUAUAGCUUGACGCAACUGUUUGUCUUUUUUAAGCUGUCGUGGAGUGUAUAUAAAGACUGACAGUACGCCUCCACUUCACUUCCAUUGCAUUAAAAAGAACUUCAAACAUCCCAAUUUUUAAAACCUAUUCAUGAACCAGCCACUAGAUGGCAACACAUUAUUUGCCUUUACUCUUAAUGCCUUACCACUAAAAUAUGCACAAAUGGAGGAAAACCUUCAACAAACAAAAAUCAUCCAUUAUCAUUCUUACCAUUCUCAUAAAUGUGCAAGCAAACACCGGGUCGACAACCGCUUAUGUCGUCAGCCAGUCUUGAGGGGCGUCGACAGAAACUGGUUCCACGAUACUGUUUCAAAUUUGAUAAAAAUACGUACCCUAAGCCCUCGUUUAUCAUGGUUCAUUGGUUUUGUGAUAAGUGAUAAGUAGGAUUCUUUAUUUAUAAUUGCAAUAUGUUCAUAGUUAGACCAUAGAAAACUUGUUUAUGACCUUCAAAAUAUGUUUUUUAACAUUAUUAGAGCCCUCUAGACAUGAAAUAACACAACUAUGGUCACAUUUACACUCCUAUUACCCAAAAUAGUAGACAGAAAAUAAGCCAUUUAAGGCAUAAAUAAGACUUGUGCUCAUGUGUGCUGCUGUAAAUGUGUUCUGGUGUUGGACAGUGACGUCGGGGGUUGAGAGUUGAGUUUUAGCUUGAUGUGGGUUAGAGCCGCAACAGUAGCGUUUCUUAGGGAUUAUUGUGCAUGUAACAAAAGCCUGUUGUUCCGGCGAUCAAGUCUGGUGCUUGUGUGUCUCCCCCAACAUUACAGUAACAUUACUGACACCAAGUGACCAGUGGAGAAUACUACAUAUCAUCACGAUCGGGCGAUUUCCGUAAAAAGUCACGCAAUCGGCAUGUGCCGAAAAAUGCCUUUCAGCACCGAUCACCUGUGGCUCGUAAUAUUGCAGACUGCAGCGAUCCCUGCGUGCAGUGUAGUGUCUUUCUCUAAUGUCUUGGGUAGCGUCGGCCUCCCGCUUUCCUGCACAGUGAGCAAGCGUGCCAAAACAAAAACAAACAUGUCUGCCGUGUGGAACGUACCUACCAACACACACCACAAAAAAAACCUGGCGGGGGUAGCACGUAAAAAAGCUUUAAUUUAAUAUAAAUUUGAAGAGCAAACACGUGACGCAGUAUGGCGAGUUUUCGAGGCUCAUCAGUAAAACGGCAGCUCACGCAGCCAAAACAACACCCGCCUGUAUGUGCGUGACAGUCAGGACUCUAAGCUAAUAACCCGAAAAAUAAUUGAAUUAAUCGGACGAGAUCACCAGCUUUUGCCAGCGGUGGAAGACGCCGGGUUCGCUCACUUGGAGCCCACGUACAGUACGUGCUACGUGGAAGUCCUGCUAGGCCGCUUCCAAUGUACUCUCACAUGCAAAGUCUCCUUAAAGAACGUUUCAUUGUCUAUAAGUUCCACCAGUGAUAUAUGUUCUCUUUUAAAAGCAAGUCAAAUAUGUUUUGGUCUAAAAGAAGGUGUUUUUAUGGCUCCUUUCAUACCAUAUAGCCAACAGCAGGGGUGCAAACAGGGGUGCAAACCCCCCACCCCCCACCCCUCCUUUUUGGGCCCCCUCAUCAUAAAUAAAUAAAAAAAUGUAUAGUUAAUCCAUGUGAUUGGUAAAUGCCUUAUAUUUGUGUUUUAGUUAAUUUAGCCAUUUUUAUGGUUGAAAAUGCUUAAAUGUUUUUUUUUACUAAUAAUAGGUUGUAUUCAACCGCAAAACAGCAUGAUUUAUGAAUAUAUUUUUGAAAAACUGUGGCGCAAUGUCGCGUAAUGCGAAGAGGCGAGGGAUUACUGUACACUGUAGUUGAUCAAUUGGAAUCACAAAUGUCUUAUAUGAAAGGCAAGAGGCUAGAUUGUGCUUAUUAGACCAAAAUAAAGUUUAGUAUUCAUUGAGUUUUAUCUUUUAAUUAACGGAGAGGUCAGAUUUUGCUUGGACAGAAGUGUCGUUGUGUCUUUAAAUGACUCAAACCAGUCAAAUACUGUAACAUGAAGAGUGUACAGGAAGAGCCCCAGCCCACCAGACCUUCAUGUGAAGUGCAACUUGACCAAGGAGCUUGAAGACCUGCUGCUGAGGUGGCAGACAUCUUCAAACCAUUAAAAUAAAUGAUUAAUUAAGAACUAACUUUAAGAAUGAAAACAUAAUUCACAAUUCACACAUGGUUCCGUUUAAGAUCGGUCAACGGUUCAACAGACACGCGUUUCAGGCAAACAUUACCUCAGGUGACUGAAGUAUCGAUAUUUUGAUUUGAGAAUACAUUUCAGAGCAUGAAGAGCUGGUAUUGGAAGUAUCAAUAUGUUAGUAUCGAUCCGCACAUCACUACAGGUCAGGCAGGCCACGUAAGACAACUGUUCGGGAGGACCGUUUGUUGCCUCGACAGUCGAGGGCUAGCACUGGUCCAACUGCAGCGCAGCUACAUUAGAACUGGUCUACAGAAACCCCUCUAUCUACAAGAACAGAUUGUUGAAUUCUCUCACACAGUGGUCUCCAUGGCCGCAUUAGUGCUCAAAAAUCAGAAUUAAACAGAAGACAACUACAAAAAAAUCAUGCAAAUACUGCAGAAGGCCUGUUGGAACACGCACAGACCCAAAAUUCAACCAGAAAUCAAUGAAGUUAGAAAUCAUGGGGGUGUGCAAAAGAUCUGCAGAGUGGAUGGCAACAUCAACAGCCUGAUGUGGCAAUAAAUUCUUGCAAACCACAAUGUUGGGCAAAUUCUUCAGAAGAAUGGCUCUUCUUCUCAUCCUUCAGCCUCCCCAACAAAGUUCCUGAAAGAGGUGAUGGUCAAGGUGCUCCAGGAUUGGCCAAAGAUGAAACCAAAGAAUCUUGAUGAACUCUGGGAGUCCUGCAAGACUGCUUUCUUUGCAAUUCCAGAUGACUUCAAAUGACUUUAUUUGAGUCAUUGCUGAAACAUAUGGACGCAGUCUUCCAAGUUCAUGCGAGUCAUAAAUCCAUCCACCUUCUUCCGCUUAUCCGAGGUCAGUCCGCGGGGGCAGCAACCUAAGCAGAGAAGCCCAGACUUCCUUCUCCCCGACUACUUUGUCCAGCUCCUCCUGGCACAUCCCAAAGCGUUCCCAGGCCAGUUGAGCGACAUGGUCUCUUCAACGUGUCCUGGGUCUUCCCCGAGGCCUCCUACCAGUCUGACGUGCCCUGAAAAACAUCAACUGGAAGGCGUCCUGAUCAGAUCCUCUCAAUGCGGUGGAGCAGCAGUUCUACUCCGAGUUUCUCCUGGAUGACAGUUCUUCUCACCUUAUCUCUAAAGGACAGCCCAGCCACUUGUACCCCUGAUCUUGUCCUUUUGGUCACUACCUAAAGCUCAUGACCACUGGGGAAGUUAGGGACGUAGCUCGACCGGUAAGUUUAGAGCUUUGCCAUUCGGCUCAGCUACCUCUGCACCACAACGGGCCGAGGCAGAUUCCACAUCACUGCAGACGCUGCACCAAUCCACCUGUCGAUCUCACGUUCAGUCCUUCCCUCACUCGUGAGCAAGACCUCAAGGUACUUAAACUCCUCCACUUGGGGCAGGAUCCGGAGAUGGCUCUCCACCCUUUUCCGGACAAGGAGGUGCUGAUUGUCAUCCCAGCUGCUUCACACUCGCCUGUGAACCAAUCCAAGAUCAUAGCCCAAUGAAGCCAGGAGGACCACAUCAUCUGCAAAAAGCAAACCACCAAACUGAAUCCUCUCAACGCCCUUUCUACACCUACAAAUUCUGUCCAUAAAAGCAAUGAACAGAAUCGGUGUCAAAGGGCAGCCAAGUGGUGUCCAACCCCCCCUGGAAAUGAGUCCAACUUGUUACCGCGAAUGCUGCCCAAGCUCUGACACCGGUCAUACAGGGGGUGACCCGCCUAAAUUAGGUGCUUCAUGGGAGUCAUACACAAUUUUUUUUUCCCAAGGCACCCUGACUUUAUGUUGUGAUGUUAUUGUAGCAUGUUUUUGUAUUCAAAAUAAAGUGUACAUGUACAUGUAAGGGUCACACUUUACAAUAAGGUACACAGAAAUACAGUACUGAGGAACUAAUGAAGAACUAAUGAGGAACUAAUGACUAAGGCACAUCAAUUUAGACUAGUUGCUGAGGAACUAAUGACUAAGGUACAUCAAUUUAGACUAGUUGCUGAGGAACUAAUGAAGAACUAAUGAGGAACUAAUGACUAAGGCACAUCAAUUUAGACUAGUUGCUUAGGAACUAAUGAAGAACUAAUGAGGAACUAAUGAGUAAAGUUGUUACUGAGGAACUAAGGCCCAUAAAUUUAGAGUUAGCGUUAGGUAGGUUCGUUCGUCAUUAACAACUCUAAUUUUGUGUACCUUAUUGUAAAGUGUUACGCAUGUAAGUUGUACCGUACAUUAUUUUUGUAUGUGACAAGUCCAAGCAAAAGCUAACUUUUUUGUCCUAAUUAAAUGAUAAAACUCAAUGAAUAAUACAAACCCUCAUUUCCGUAUGAUAAGCAUAAUCUAUAGGCCUUUCUUAUAAGCUAUUUCUGAUUCUAAUUGACAGGCCAAGUUAUUGUUUGUUGUUCCUACAACUCAGAUAUACAUCAAGAUGUUUGUCAGGGACUGUAUAGAACAAAACAUUUCUUUUUUUUUUAAACGGUUCAUCGAUAAUGAUAUAGGGUGUUUAUCCCUAAACUACAUCGGCUUGAUUUUAGUGUGUUAAAAAAAUGUUUGGACACACUUGCUUGAUAUUAUCCACAUUUCUCUGUAAACAUUAUCAAGUCAUUACUUUAUGAUGCUUGCAAAUGCCUUCAAAGUUUCCAUCCAUACACAUUUUUGCAAAUAAAAGAAAUAUCUCUACCGAUUGUGACGCGUUGGUAUUUUUGACGAGUGUGCAAGGUGUUCUAAAUCAGCGGGCACCCGGGGUCCGCCACCUGCGGUUCUCUCCCGUUGGCAACAAUGCCAGCUCUCUUCCUGUCUGUCAUGUUGUGACAGAAAGAUCCCGCCCCAUCUCUCUCUGUAUGUCCCUAGAGGGCGAUGGUGGGGGUGGGGGAAAUCCUCACAUAAAAAUACUGCUCCGGGAGAAGAGCACGGAUUGUCUGGGGAUGCCAGAGUUGACGUCACGCAAACAUGCUGACGUGCGCGCAAACUCUCACAGCGUCUGUUGAAGUUUGUCGCUAUUUACAGCACCUGUUUGUGCAGCAUUUUAUGCCCCUUCUAGUUUUUUAAUA